CUCAUCGGAUCUCCCAUGAUCUCCGGCAACCGUCGAACGUAAUUUACAGAGGUUUGAGUUUGAUCAUGUCACUUGACCCUUUUCUGGGGAAUGUAUUUGCUAAUGCAACUGGUAAUCUUUUAUCGGAUGGUAUUGAAGGACUUGUGAAUUAUGCAUCUGGUAACCUGUUAAGGUCCUUUGAGAGUGACUAUGGGACAUUGAAAAGGGCAGCAGCAUUGCUUCAGGCUCAAAGAGAUGAUAAUGAGUGGAGAGUCCAGCAAAAUAAAACAAAAACAACCUCUAGUUAUUACAAUCAGUGGCGCAACAGUGUGAUGAUUAUUCUUGAAGAGGUGGAAACAUUAAAGGCUCAAUAUGAGCAAGAGAUGAAUCUGUUGUCAAAUGUUGUGAACAGAUCACAUAUUUGUGAAAGAGUGCAGCAGAUAUCCCAAGAAGUCCAUGUUCUUUUAAAACAUGGAGAAUUUCAGGCAG